GCAACUGCACACACACACACACACACUUCACGACCGUUGCGCCACUACACCCUUCAAACACCACAAAGACUCCACGAUCCUCUCUCUCUCUCUCGCCCACUGGUCAACAAAGCCAAAGAAGGAACGCCGUUAGAAAGAAGAGCGAGGAGUGCUUCUCCGUCGCCGUCGCCGUCGCCGUCGCCGCCGCGCCAAUGGGGUGCAUCUCGUCGAAGCUCCUCCCGCCCGGGCCAGGAGGCCGCAACGGCGCCGAGCGCGCCACCGUGCGAGGCCGCGUGGACCACGUCGUCUCCCUCACCUCCACCACCUACGGCGUCCUCGACCUGCAGAUCAAGCACGGCGCCGCAGCUGGGGCCAAGGAGCUGCCGUUGCCGCAGGAGCAGGAGAAGCCGAUAAGCCGGGAGUGGAAGCGCGCGCCCGCCAAGCGACCGCCGCCCCUCGUCGUCCCAGGCGCCAAGAAGCCGGCUCCGGCGCUCAAGCCGGAGUCCGGCAUGGAGGUGAUCAACGCGUGGGAGAUCAUGGCCGGGCUGGAGGACGCCGAUUCGCCUGCCAAGAAGCCGGCCAAGCCCGGCCGCUGGUCUCCGGCCAGGGUCCUCGCCAUGGCUCUGUCGUCGCCGAAGAGGUCUUCGGCGAAGCGGAGGAACACGCCGGGGAAGGAGAACAGCCCGCUGCAGCGUUGCUCCGGCAACAGCAAGCCCAGCGACGUCGCCGACGAGGACAGAAUCCUCCGCCCGUACAACUCCAUCGAUAACUCCAAGCUGUCCAGGGCGUCCAAGAGAUUCUCCCCGGGAAGCGCCCGGGUCGCCCGAAAGCCCACCGGGGCCGAGACCGGCGGCAUGUCGUCGUCGCGCCGGAGCCUGAGCCCGCUGUUCGACCCGGAGCUCCUCGCGUCCAUCGAGCGGGAGCUGUCGGAGGAAGGCGCGCACAUCAAGCGGGUGAUUGGGUCCGAGAAGCCCAAGCAGCCGAAGGUGAUUCCGGCGAUCGUGGCGGAGGGCAAGUGCCCGCCCGGCGGCGCGGACGCGGUCGUGCUCUACACCACCACCCUCCGCGGCAUCCGCAGGACGUUCGAGGAGUGCAACGCGGUGCGCGCCGCGAUCGAGGCCCACGACGUGAAGGUCAUCGAGCGGGACGUGUCCAUGGACUCGGGCUACCGGGAGGAGCUGCGGCUGCUGCUGGGCGGGCGGGAGCUGCGCGUGCCCGCGGUGUUCGUCCGGGGCAAGCACGUCGGCGGCGCCGCCGAGGUGACGAGGAUGGAGGAGGAGGGCAAGCUCAAGGCCCUGCUCCAGGGGCUGCCGCGGGCGCGAGUCUGGUGCGCGGGCUGCGCCGGCGUCAGGUUCGUCAUGUGCAGGGACUGCAACGGCAGCCGCAAGGUGCGCGUCGACGGCGAGCCGAAGGAGACGGUCCAGUGCGGCGAGUGCAACGAGAACGGCCUCGUCCGGUGCCCCAUUUGCUCGUGAUGAGGCGGCAGCUGUGGAUUGGAUUGGAUUGUGACACUGGGUUGAUUUGCUUGUCUACCCGUCUGGUGUUUGAGCUGUGAUUUUGCAUUGUGUUUGUUGCGCUCUGCAACCUGCUAAUUAAGCACCUGUAAUGCGUACCCGUUCAUAUUGAUUCGUAUCUAAUUAAAUUGCUUUUCAUUCUUUCCUA